CGAAUUCGUUGAACGCUUUAAGCGAGCUCGUAUAAGGGGAAAUUUCUCUUGGAUAGGAGCAUAAUGGAUCAGAACGUGAGCAUAAAACGUGAAGAAGUGGACUAUGGAAAAGAUGAGGGAAGUUUAAGGCAAUCAGGAACUGUAAGGAGAAAGGCACCGGGGCCAAAACAGGACAGAAAAGGAUUACGCCGCAAGCGAACAGCCUUCACUGUACGGCAACUGGAGAGGAUGCAGUCGGUUUUUCAAUGGAAUAAGUAUCCCGGAGUAACUGUUCGUGAGGCGCUGGCCGCUGAACUGGGGAUUAGCGAGGCUUGUGUACAGGUCUGGUUUCAAAAUCGUCGAUCUAAAUGGCGCAAGAGAGAAAGCAACAUUCGAACGAUACGCUGCGAGGAGCGUCCUGAUGCGUGCGCAUUUUAUACCUAUAUCAACGCUGAGCGAAGUUGGCCUCUUCCACAGACGCACAAUUACUGCUCGUGUCAAGUUAUGUCUCAUGGCGUGUUUGGAGUAGUGCCAGUUAUAGCUGGCUCCAUGAGUGCUGGCUUAAUCAAUGACAACCGACUUACUACUUGUGCUUCUUUACACCCGACGCAUGUGCUGUCCUAUGAGCAAGGAGAAGAGAGAGAAGAGCGUACUGGAAUUCUGAAACCAAAUGGCGCAGGCCCGAGAUUUACUCACCUUAAUCUGAGUUCGAGAAGUCAGAAAGAAGUUUUCUCAGGGGGGCGUUCUGCGGAUGAAGUUAUCAGUGCAGAUGGACUUCUGUGCAUGCAUUCUAUGCCACUUAACUAAGUUUUAAAAAUCAAAAGGUCACGAAUUAAUUAGAAGAGAUCAGAAAACCCCUGGCAAUUUGCUGCAGAUCAAUCAUGAAUGCCUUUAUGCAUGUUAGCAUCCAGAACAUUCAACAAAAACAUAAGAGAGAUUGAGGAUAUGUAACCAGAUUUUGAACCUACGUGCAUUUACAGUUUAAGAUUUAAUCUUGGAGAACAUUGAUUAUCACAUAACUUGCUUUAUUAGGCUUUGGUAUUUGCCUUGUAGUUUGAGCCUCAGCUAUGCUUCUACCCAUUUCCUACAUUUAUUGAUCGAGUUUUUCGAUAAAAAACAAGAUAAAAAGAUCUACAUUCUACGAGAGAAGAACGAAACUAAAAACAUCAUCUGCUAGGAAAUGAUGGGUGUGAUUCCGAUCAUUAACUUAUCGGGAUGAAAAUCGCCAGAGAUCUAUGUCGAGCUUUAAGGGUAGGUGGUAAUUUGUUUAAAUUCAAGUACAAUCUUCUGUUUUACUGGUUCAUUCCGGUUUAAGCGAUUAUUUACUAGAUAUGCAGUGACUCAAAAUUUCUCCGGCUGCUUUCUCUCAAAAUACCAAAACGUGUCUGAGAGGUUUUUAAUUCCUUUUGGAAAUAUGCAUUAGGGUGAGUGAUGAUUCAACAUAAGACUUGCAAGGCCAACCUCAGAUUUUCUCCUCCAUAUAUUUUGUACUUUUUAAUUUAGAUGCAUCUUGAUUACACCGUUAUGUUAUGCUUGAAGUAAUGUGCUUACUUAUCACUGCUUUAAAGCAUUAAAAUCUCUCAUGAAAUGUAAAUACUGUAGAAGAAGCUUCUCAA